AUGGGACUUGAAAGAGAAGCUCGUUUGGGUAUCGCUGAUUAUGUCGUCUUUGCUGUUUUCAUUCUCUCAUCACUGACUAUAGGAGUUUACCAUGCUCUCAGCGGAGGCCGUCAACGGACGACAAAGGAAUAUCUUACAGCGGACAAGAAACUAAAAGUUGUCCCUACAUCUCUGUCUUUACUGGUGUCGUUCCAGUCAGCAAUUAUGAUUUUAGGCUACCCAGCAGAAAUGUACAUGCGUGGAGCCCAGUUAUAUAUCGGAAACAUCGGAAUGCUCAUUGGUACCAUUCUUACAACCAGGCUCUGGGUACCUUUGUUUUAUAAUCUUCAGAUAACAAGCACAUUUGAGUACUUGCAUUUGAGGUUUGACUCAGUAGCUGUUCGAAAACUUGGCUCUGUAAUGGGAAUCAUUGCAACGGUAUCUUACAUGGGCACAGCUACCUUUGCACCAUCCACAGCUCUCGAAGCAGUUACUGGUUUUCCUGUUUGGGCAUCCAUAUUGGUCACCGCGGGCGUCGGAACUAUCUACACAUGCAUAGGAGGAAUGAAAGCUGUUGUAUGGACAGAUGUGUUACAAUCGGUCAUCAUGUUAGGUGGAAUACUAGCAGUCAUUGUCAUGGGCGUUGUCAAAGUUGGAAGUGUCUCCAAGGUAUUUGAGAUUUGCCAGGAACACGAACGCCUUAAUUUCUUUGAUUUUAAUUUUGAUCCCACAAGAAUCAAUACAUUCUGGACGAUAGUGGUGUCAGAUACGAUACUCUGGUGGCAGGUUUAUGGAACCAAUCAAGCCAGUGUUCAAAGGUUUUGUUCACUGCCCACACUAAAGAAAGCAAACGCGGCGGUUCUGCUCGCCGUACCGAUGCAGUUUCUGUUGAUAACAAUGAUUUGUUUCGCGGGACUUGUCAUAUUUGCAUACUACAUGCAUAUAGGCUGUGAUCCCCUUGAACAAGGCAUUAUUCAAACAGGAAAUCAGAUAUUACCAUAUUUUGUGAUGGAUACAUUUAGAAGCCUCCCUGGUUUCCCGGGACUAUUUCUUGCGACCCUUUUUAGUGGGGCACUGAGCUCCAUAUCGUCAGGUUUAAAUGCUCUUUCGGCGAUCACCUGGGAGGAUUUCCUCAAACACAGGUUCAGACAUCUAAAGGAGUCAAGAAAAGCACUCUGCACAAAGCUUUUGGUUUUGUUUUAUGGCAUUUGCUCAACUGGGGUUGCUUGUUUAGCAAUUCUUAUAAAAGGACCAGUAAUACAGGCUAGUCAAACUUUAGGUGGUGCGAUAAAUGGGAGUACGGCAGCCUUGUUUAUUCUUGCAGCUUUCACCGUGACUUCCAACUGGAAGGGUGCGUUAACGGGUCCAAUUGUAUCUUUCAUAAUCAUCCUCUGGAUCGCUAUCGGAGGUCAGUCUAUUAAAGGCCACAAUCAAUACUUGCCUCCCGGCCCAACUGAUCGAUGUGACAUUUUAAAUAGAACCAGCUUCUAUAACACUUCCGUUUUAAACAAUGUCACGUCGUCGUAUAACGAUACAAUAGAAACGUUAACUGUAUAUGAUGGAGAUCUGUUGAAUCGUUCCAGUACUUUGGAACCCAAUGACCAGGAAUUAACUGGAAUCCAACACUUGUAUGGCAUUUCUUAUUUCCUGUACGCACCACUGGGGAUUCUUAUUGCCAUAGUAAUAGGUCUUGUAGUCAGUUGGGCAACAGGUGGUGAAAAGGGGAGAUACAUAGACAAAGCAUACAUUUUCCCACUAUGUGAUGCACUCUGCUGCUGUUGUCCAUCUAGGGUCAAAGACAAAGGCUGUGCAUGUCGAGGGGACAACAACCCAAGACAAGAAAAUGGAGUCGAGAGAAAUGUUCUUCGAGAUACGAAAUUCCAAAGUAUAAAAACUGCUAAUGAAGAAUCCAGAUGCUGA